AUGCACGCCGAGGACAUAGUGCGCGCAGCGGCGCAGGAGGGCGUGCGUUUGCGUCCAGAGAUGGCCAGCGGCUCGCCGCACGGCAGCAAGAGACUCAUCGAGCUCCAGGACCCUCAGACGCCGUUCCUGGAGGACCUGCUUGACAGCGGCAACUUCGCCGACGUCACCGUCAUUGAACCCUCCGGCACCGCCCGCCCGCUGCACGCCCCGAUCCUCGCGAUGCGCUCGAACUUCUUCCGGUGCGCUCUCUUCGGCGCCGUCCCGCCCUCCGCGCCCGGCGCGCCGCAGCCCUUCGCCGCCGAGCGCACGCCCGGCCAGCGCACCGUGCGCGUGGGCUUCGAGGACCCGCGCGGCGCCUGGCCGGCCGUCCUGCGCUUCCUCUAUACUGGCACUCUCGCCGUGGACCGGCGCACCGCCUGCGGCGCGCUCGCGCUGGGCCGCGCGCUGCUCGUCGAGGGCCUCGAGGAGAAGUGCGUGGCGUGCCUGCGGGACAUGCUCGGGCCGGACACGUGCCUCGAGAUCCUGCGCGACGCGUGCGAGCUCAUCCUGGACGACUGCGGGCUCGCGCAGCAGUGCGUGGACGUCGCCGCGGCGUCGUUCCCCGUGGUCUUCGCGCGGAACGCGCCGGGGCUGCCGUUCCAGGCCGCGCUGGCGAUCCUGCGGCACGGGCAGCUCCGCGCCGAGUGCGAAGAGCAGGUGCUACAGUUUGUACUCGGGCGUCUGCGGGACGAUACCAUGGAGCCAGCGCCGACGUCGGACGAAGUGCAGGAUCUGCUGGGGGAAGUCCGCUUCGCCUUCCUGCCCGCGGCGGUCCUGGACGGCCUCGCGAGGGACGGCCCGCUGUGCGUGCGGCCUUACGCAGAAGCUGGCAUCACACAGCAGCAGCUCUUCUGCGCCGCGUGUCCGCGCCUCCUGCCGCCCAGCGCCCCGCACCGCGUGUCCGCGGAAGUCCCGUACGGGCUCAUGCACGACCUCUCCGUGCGCAUUAGCACCAUCAACGGCGUCACGCGCAUCGACGAGGACGAGCAGAUGGACGCCGACGACGCAGACGACGGGGACUGCGUGCUGUGGGACGACGAGGACGACGGCGACGCCGAGGGCGCGGACAACAGCGGCAGGGGUGCCCGGCAGCCUGGCAACUUCCCCCCGACGCGCCUCGGCGCGACUCUGCCCGAAGCGCGCAGCAGCUACAUCUGCCGGGAGGAGGGAGGCGUUCCGGGGGCUUCGCGGCACAGUCGCCUGACGGUCCGCGUGCCGUUCGCGUGGAGGCGGUUGAAGGAGUUUUGCAGCAUUGUCGUGGACGCGGGGAAGCCGCGGGACGCCGACGGGGCCCCCGGCGCGAGCGGCGUGGCGCUGGCGACCGUCACGUUCCAUUUCCCGCUCCCCGUGACCGUGACGCACGUCAGCAUCCCCAGGGGCGGUGCGCUUCUACCAACGGACCAGUGGCACGUCGAGGUUGGCAAUGAGUCCCCCGGGGGGGCCUCCCAGUUCGUGCGAAUCCACACGCACCCGGACGUCCUGCACCCGCCGACGACGCCCGCCGCGCUCCAGCACGCGCCGUCCAGCGUCGCCGCGACGAGCGCGGCCGGGUCGGGCCACCCCGGCCGCACCGAGGUCAAACUCCCCCAGCCCGACCGCGGGUCACACCUCCCCCGCAAGUACCGCUGCCUGCGGGUCGUCGCGGACACGGGCAGCGCCGGCACGAACGUCACGCUCGCGCGCCGCCUGGCCGUCGACGCCGCCUUCCGCGGCCACCUGCACCUCGCAAAGGACCUCAUAACGCAGGAGUUCGUCGCAGUGGACGAGUGCGUGCCGCCGCCGCCGCCCGCGCCCGGGCAGCAGGCGCCGGCGGCUAGCGGCGCGGCGGAGGGCGUGGUGGCGACGAUCGCGGCUGCGGCGCUCGGGCUGCCCCUGAGGUGA